AUGAAAUCUGCCGCAGCUGUGGGGACUCGAGGUCCAGAUGGCCAUGCCUAUGAAUGCAAUCAUUUGGACCAAUUUCAUGUGCCCACCAAUUUUGAUACCGCUGGCAGAAGCUCUUUCCCUUUGCUGGCACCGCGCCAAGCCUUCGCUGCAACGGGUCCCUCUCAAUUUCCUGCAAAUCAGCCUGAGGGCAUAUAUCCGAGGGGUCUUCCAAAUGGAAAUGGAAUUAUACCUUCUAACCCCACUCCUAAUGGAGGCGUAAGGGGGAAUUUCCCUGAAAUCAAUGGCGUUCUCCGGGGAUUGCAGGAUCGCGCUCAGGCAGCAGACCAAACACCACAGUCUUAUAUUCCGAGUACGAACCCAGCAACUUCCAAUCAUUUGGAGAAGACGCAGACCUUACCCCCCAAGACCACUCAGAAGACGUCAACAUCUCCAGCUAGGACCAUCAAUAUUAUGUCUUCGUCAACAUCAUCGUCGACCUACAACAAAGGUGCCGACAAUGGAUCCAUACAGGCGAGGUACCGGCCACGCUCCUCGAUACCUCCCAGGAUGCCCGCUGCAGUCUACGCUCAACAAUGUGUGGCAGCGGCGUAUGCGUCCCGACUAAAUCCAUACGCGCUUCACAAGAAGGAACAAGAACUCCUCCAAGAUCACAUGUGUCAUCUCCAUGUCACUGUCUACUUAAACAUUCGAAACGGCAUUCUGCGUUUGUGGACGCGUAAUCCUAUGCUGAGUGUUUCGAAGGAGGAAGCCAUGGGUUGUGCAAAGGAUUAUCGCUGGAUGAACCUUGCAUCGUUUGCCUACGAGUUUCUCGUGCGCAAUGGAUACAUCAAUUUUGGCUGCAUAGAGAUACCAGUCUCUCCGGCAGCCUCAAAGAAGGGUCGGCGGCGGGAUGGGCCUGUUAUUGUUGUGAUCGGGGCUGGAAUGGCCGGUCUGGGGUGUGCACGCCACUUGGAAGGCCUCUUCAACCAUUAUCAUGACCCGCUCACAUCGCCCCGUGUGAUAGUACUGGAAGGAAGACGCAGGAUCGGGGGUCGUAUCUACUCACAUCCUUUGCGAAGCCUUCAGUCCUCUACCUUAGCUCCAGGAUUAGUUCCCAAGGCUGAAAUGGGCGCUCAGAUUAUUGUCGGCUUUGACCAUGGAAAUCCUUUGGAUCAGAUUAUUCGGGGCCAGCUGGCUCUUCCUUACCAUCUAUUGCGCGACAUAUCUACAAUCUACGAUAUAGAUGGCUCAGCGGUGGAUGAAGCGCGGGACGCAACAGACGAGAUGCUCUACAAUGAUAUACUGGACCGAUCCGGGAAUUAUCGCCAUAAAUCCGUGAUAGUGCCAACAGCAGAAGGUGACCGGGAUCUUAUCGAUUCCGGACGUGAUGUGUCCACUAGCGACGGCCUUACAAUAAGACAAUACGAAGAAGCCAGGGCUGCUGGGACCAUCGGGCUUCUAUUUCCUGCCAAGCGCGUCCGGCGAGGUGUUGGCCACAAAACCGCCGACAUUAAACCGACCGGGGCCUCAUUGGCCGAAUCUGACAACAGCGAGGAAAACCCAGCUCGCCUUGCCUGUCAAACGAUGGGCUGGAGUUUAAACAAUGGGGUUGCAGUGAACCAGACCAUCAAUUUGGACAAUGUGGCUAAAGCCUCCCCGUUCCCAACAUUAGGCGCCGUGAUGGAUGAUGGUGUGCGACAGUACCAGCGCAUGCUCCCAUUGACCCCGAAAGACAUGCGACUAUUGAAUUGGCAUAUGGCUAAUUUGGAGUACGCAAAUGCGGCGAACAUUGGCAAGCUCAGUCUUUCCGGGUGGGAUCAGGAUAUGGGCAACGAAUUUGAGGGAGAGCACUCACAAGUGAUCGGUGGAUAUCAGCAACUCCCGUACGGGCUCUUCUCGCUGCCUACAAAACUUGAUGUCCGUACCAACAAAAUUGUCAGCAAAAUAUCCUAUGGCCAUACAGAACUAGGCAAGCAGAAGACGGUGGUUCAUUGCGAGGAUGGUGAAUCUCUCGUUGCGGAUAAGGUUGUCUUUACGGGAUCUCUUGGUGUCCUGAAACAACGCUCGAUACAGUUCUCUCCUCCGCUCCCGGAUUGGAAAGUUGGUGCGAUUGACCGACUUGGCUUCGGGAUUAUGAACAAAGUGAUCUUAGUCUUUGAUCAGCCUUUCUGGGACACGGAGCGUGAUAUGUUUGGGCUUCUGCGUGAACCUAGCAACCGAAACAGUAUGAUGCAGGAGGACUAUGCUGCAAAUCGUGGCCGGUUCUACCUAUUCUGGAACUGCAUGAAGACCACUGGUCUCCCGGUCCUUAUUGCUCUCAUGGCUGGUGACGCCGCGCAUCAAGCCGAGAAUACAGCAGAUUCGGUAAUCAUCGCCGAAGUGACCAGUCAGCUGCGUAAUGUCUUCAAGCAUGUGGCUGUUCCAGACCCCUUGGAGACCAUCAUAACUCGCUGGGGUACGGACAAGUUUACUAGAGGGAGCUACUCGUAUGUAGCUGCGCAAGCACUUCCAGGCGAUUAUGACCUCAUGGCCAAGCCAAUCGGCAACCUGCAUUUUGCCGGAGAAGCCACCUGCGGCACUCACCCUGCCACGGUCCAUGGGGCAUACCUAUCCGGACUGCGGGCUGCAUCUGAGGUUAUUGAGUCCAUUCUGGGCCCCAUUGACGUGCCCAAACCGCUUGUUCCGGAGAAAGGCAAAGCUGUCGACCUUGGCAUACCCCAAGAGACCAUCGCUCGACCCCAUUGA